CACAAUUUAGGUGUGUUUUACAGACGUGAAAUAAAUAAAUAAAACCCAAAACUGGGUUUCUAUUACAGUAACCGUACGUCUUCGUCUUUUCCCCACUCAGGUGUUAUGAAUUUAAGAGGAUAACGGCCUUCAACUCAAUCUUAACAGAACGACAGAAAAACCGGCAAUUUGCGACAGUUUUCACCGUUAUACGGUAACGUAAAGUGCUGCAGGAGAAGUAAACAUGUGGAGAGUCCAGUAGCCAAAAAAACCCCACCUGGAUCUGCAUGGACGCCACUGUGAGGACACCUGCUCUGUUUGGAAGACUUCUUCUUUCUCAUUUUGGUGUUUUACACACAUGAAAAGUUUAUAUGGAGAACUACAGUAAGGCUCGGACGGUGGAGCAGCCGUCUGUCUGUCCGUUCCCCGGCCUCCCCCCUGACACGCCAGAGGUCCGCGUCAAAGAUGGCAGCAAGAUCCGCAACCUGCUGCGUUACGCCCUGAGCCGCAUGGAGGCCAAACCCCGAGCAGCUGAGGACGAGGGACGACCCACACCCGAGGAAGGUGGCGUGGCCGUGGAGGGACAACAGGAAGCACCGGGGCGGCCGCUUUGCAAACAGGUCGUCUUCACGGCGAGCGGCAAGGGAGUGUCUAAAGCCAUCACGUGCGCUGAGAUCGUGAAGCGGCGCGUGAAGGGGCUCCACCAGCUCACCAGGCUGCUGUUCAGCACCGUGGUGGAGGUGUGGGAGCCGCUGGAGCCCGCCGCCGGCCUCGACAGCCUGACGGUCAGCAGGAACGUGCCCGCCAUCUGGAUCCUGCUCUCCACGGAGCCGCUGGACUGCAGCCAGCCUGGAUACCAGGCACCGGGCCGCUACGACACCCUGUGGGCUCAGUCUAACAGGGAGGAGGGUGGAGGGUUCCCCGGACAGAGACCGGGGCACAAGAGGAAGAAAGGUGGAGGAGGAGGAGGAGGAGGAGGCAGUGGCGGCAGAGGGAGGGGACCUGGCCGUCAGACUGGACGGCCCAGAGAGCCAGCUAAAGGACAGAGUUGAUUUAGGUUUUACAAACUGCAUGGACAUAAAGACUAAAACGCUGCGACGGAGCGUGAAGCGGACACUCAGUCAACACUUAAGAGGAGCGGAGCGGAAAUCUUGAAUGUUUUUAGCACAUUAGCUACAACUUUAAUUGAUUUUUACAUUCCUGCGUUUUCCGAAUCAUCCAUCAGUGUUGAGAUUGAUUUUCUUUCGCCUUCACUGUAGUUUCACAUCAUCUCUUUAAAUAUCAACCUGAAGGCACGUAUGCCCAGAGUUAUCCAUCACAGUCAACGUUCAGCCAACAUUUUUUCUUCCUGUCAAAAAUAAUGUUAUGGACUGUUGUGAAAACUUGUGUGAGACCAUUUAGAAAUUGAGCGUCAGCUGCUGAAAAGAGUUUGAUUGUUUUGGAAAAUUGAGGAUAAUUAGACCUGAACAGAGAACACCAACACCGGCAGCACGUCUGGUCACGAUUACGAGGAACCGAGCAGACUCGUGAAGACCUCCUAUCAUACGGCUGCUAUGUAACUUUGACAGUCGGCUAAAGGAGACUAAAUGCUGACUGUGAUGGAUUGGGGCGGCUGUGGGGCGGUCGUCCGAUUGAUCGCAGGGUUGGCGGUUCGAUCCACAUGUCCAGGUUAACCCCAAAUUGCUCCCGAUGGUCAGACCGGCACCUUGCAUGGUGGCUCGCUGCCAUCAGUGGGUGAAUUAGAGCAAAAAUUGUAAAAGCGCUAUAUAAAUGCAGCCAUUUACCAUUUAGUUAUGUGCUAAAACUGAUAAUUUGGAAACUUUUCAACAAGAAUGGGAAGUUUGAUUCAUAGACAAUUGGCUAAAACAUGAUUUAAUCUCAAGUAAAGUCCUUUUUAAAAAUGUUUAAAAAGACGGCUGUUCAGUAACCACCAACCCCAUUUUUUUAACUUAACUUUUUUUUUAGGUGGGGUUCAUGCAACACAAAAGGUUUGAAACCUGCCGUCUGAGCAAAAUGUCCUGACCGUGGUUUUCUGUCUGCUGAAAUGUGGAUCUACAGUAUAAACAGGUUUUGUAUGCGCCUGAAAUCUGAGUUCCGAAAAUGGGUUUUUGAAGUUAAUUAAAGAGAUUUUAUUUGAAA